GCGCCCAGAUGGGGAAACUCUUUGUUUUAACUGUGAGAAGAGAAUCCGUUACAAUUUUCCAUGGCUUACAGUUACAGCACAGAUGAAUCAAAAUGGUUAAGAGCCACCAUAACCUUUGCGCUUGUAGCGCUCUCCGCCUCCACCGCCUUUUCUUUGUAUUUGUUGAAAAGAAAAUCAAGGGAUUUGGAUUCCAAGAUUGGUGAGCUCCAGAAAUCUCUCAAGGCUUCCUCAGACAUAUGUGGUGCCGAACGGCAAGGUCGAAUUCGGGCUCAGCAGGCUUUGAGAGAAGCGCUGACGCAACCUAAGUUGGAUAGUUUGGAGCUGACUUCUUACCCCAUGGCACCUAUUGGUGUCGUCCAGUCAUGCUUCUCUACCAGGAAUGGGACCCCUCGACAACCUCUACUUGUUCCUCUUUCCAGGGCCUGUUUGAUUUUUAAUUCAGCUCGUGUUCCUCCAGCAUCGCUUGAGGGUCUUGGAGAAUAUUCUCACUGCUGGGUUAUAUAUGUUUUCCAUCUAAAUACAAAUCUGGAGAAGCUUUGGAAGGAUCCGACUACGUCAAGGUUCAAGGCCAAGGUGAGGGUACCAAGACUAAACGGUGAAAGGAGGGGAGUCUUUGCGACACGAUCUCCACACAGGCCAUGCCCCAUUGGACUCACUGUUGCCAAGGUACAGGGUUCUAAAACUCAAUCCCCAUUCCCCCACUUCUUUCUUGGUUUGCAAGGUGCAGGGAGGGGCUGCACCCAUAUGUUGCAGGGUGGGGCUGCACCCAUAUAUUACAAGGUGGAAGCUGUACACAGGAGUAUGCUUCUACUCUCUGGUGUGGAUUUGGUUGAUGGGACACCAGUACUUGAUGUCAAACCUUAUCUCCCCUACAGUGACAGCAUCCAAGGAGCAAGAGUGCCAAAGUGGUUAACGGGGGACAGUGUUUUAGCAGUAGCUUCUGUUAGUUUCUCGGAGGGCUUCACUUCAACACUCGCUGAUUGCUGGGAAAUAUCAGGAAAGAAUUCACUCUAUGCUUCACCAGAUCAGUUCCAAAACUUGAUCAAGCAGGUGCUUUCAUGGGAUAUUCGCUCAUUGUCUCAACGAAAUCGACCUCAUGAUUCCUUCACCAAGUCAGAAAAUGGGAAACAAUUGAACGAAUGUUCAGAUGACUACCCUGGUGAAGAAGCUUCUAGCCCUGGAAGCGAACAGCCACCGCAGUCUCCCAGAGACAUAAUAUAUCACCUGACUUUAGAAGGAUUGGAUGUUUCAUACAGACUCAAUUGUGAUGGCAGUGUUGUUGUAGAGAAAGUGACAGAAGCAUCGAGCGUGACUAAUAGUAGUCAAAAGCGAUGUAAUUACUCUACAUGGAAAGACCAUUUCGUGCCCCUUGAGAACUGAUAUUGUGUUUCCACUUUUCUUUUUCUUUCCUUCUCCUUCAGCUUCUAUUUCCCCCUCUCCAAGGGCCUGAUAGCCACUUUCUUCCAACUUCUUGUGCCCCUGAUUUCUCUGUCUAUAGUCCCUUUUUCCCUGGUUUCCUUCCUCCCUUCCACUUCCUUUCCAUUUUUCCUCCUUUUUUCUUCCUUCUCUCCUCCUUUCCACUUUCCUUCUUCCUUCCUUCUACUUUUUUUUACCUUUUUUCAUUCUGUCGUUUCUUCCUUUUUCCCUUUCUUUGCAUCUUCUUUCCAUCUUUUUCUCAUUUUUCUUCCACUUUCCUCGCACUUCACUCCAUCUUCCACCCAAGCAACCCCAUCCUUCGACUUCACAUCUUGGUUUGGCUUCUCCAUCUUUGUACCACGAUUUUUCGCGUUUCACCCGGAAGGUGUGUAGAGUUUUCGCUCGGGUGUUCACACCACCACCUUCCUUGGGAUUGUCUUUGAUGGCACUGUUGCUAGUGGGUUGCUCUUUCCCACUGGCUUCCUUCGUUUUGGGUUUCACUUUGUUGGCCCUGUUGCUAACGGGUUGCUUCUUCCCGCAAGCUUCUUCCGAUGUGUGGCAGCUACAGGUGUGGUGCUUGACGGUGUUUGGGGAUUUGUGUUGGGGUUCUGUUUUCACUCUAUUUUCUUCUACUUUUGGAGCUUUGUUUAGCUUGUUUUCAGGUGUGUGCAGGGAACGUUUGUUUUUGUUGGUUGGUUGGUAAGUGGCUUUCCGGCGACGGCGGGUUGAAGCUGCUAGGGUUUGUUUCGGUGUAUUCUUUGUUUUGGGCUCUUUAGUUGCUUCUGAGGUCCUUUUUGUUUAUGUGUAUGGUAUGUAUUUGGCUAUUUUCUUGUGUAAUUAUUGUGUUGGAAUAAAGCACUUUUCACCCAAAAAAAAAAAGAAAAAAAAGAACUGAUAUUGUGUUUCGUGUUCUUUGGAAUAAUCAUUUCAUGGUGGAGGUCUGAAUAGAUAAGGAUUUGAAACUCGAAUUGAGUUAAA